AUGGCUUCCCCCAAGUUUCGCAAGCCUCCGCAGGCGCCCCCAAGCUUCACGGCAACUCCUGAGUCAAUUAUGAAGGACACAAAGGACAUGUUGGCUGGCUCAAAGAAGAUCACAGACGAUAUCGUUGCUCAGAUCUCGCAGAAGGACGCCACAUUUCAGAGCGUGCUGCUUCCAAUGGCGCAUGAUGAAAAUCAGCAAACGUUGAAAGCCCACAUCCUAGGAUUCUAUCAGUCCGUCUCCACCGACCAGGCUCUGCGCGAUGCUUCCACUGAGGCAGAGAAACUCAUGGACGACUUUAGCAUUGAGGCCGCUAUGCGGGAGGACGUCUUCAACCUGGUGGACGCCGUACUGAAGAAGGGGGACAAGUUGGAUGCCGAGUCCCAGAGGUUGUUAGAGAAGGAGCACAAGUCCUAUGUGCGAAAUGGCUUGAACAUCCCAGCAGGGCCCAAGCGGGAUCGAUUCAAGGAAAUCAAGAAGCGACUCAGCCAACUGGGCAUCGCCUUCUCCAAGAACCUGAAUGAAGAGAAGGGCGGUCUGUGGUUCACCGCGGAAGAACUCAACGGUGUUCCCGAAGAUGUCUUGUCCCUGCUGAAGAAAGAAGGGGACAAGUACUGGUUGACCUUCAAAUACCCAGAUCUAUUUCCUACUCUCAAAUACGGCACAAACAGCGCCACGAGACGCAAGGUCUUUAUCGCGAACGAGAACAAAUGCAACCAAAACGUUCCGUUGUUUCGGGAAGCCAUCCUGCUGAGAGAUGAAGCUGCUCGCUUGCUUGGGUAUCCAAACCAUGCUGCUUUCAGGAUUGAGGAUAAGAUGGCAAAGACCCCUAAGACUGUGGACGACUUCCUGGCUGAUCUGCGCAACCGACUGAGCCAGGGAGGUCUAGACGAGAUUGCCACUCUGAAGAAGAUGAAAGAGGAAGACUUAAAGUCUCGUGGCGAGGAAUUCGACGGCCGCUAUUAUCUGUGGGACCACCGCUUUUAUGAUCGGAUGAUGGAGGAGAAGGACUACCAGUUGGACCAACAACUGAUCUCGGAGUGGUUCCCACUACAGACCACGAUCAAGAGCAUGCUUGAAAUCUUCGAACAGAUCUUUGGCCUCGUUUUCGUGGAAAUUGUGGGCAAGGACCGUGACAGUGUUUCUCCAUCCGGCAAGGGCGAGGACAUUGUGUGGCAUGAAGAGGUGCAGGUCUUCAGCGUCUGGGACGACGAAGGCGAAGGUGGCGGAUUCGUGGGAUAUCUAUACCUGGACCUGUUCCCUCGCACCGGCAAAUAUGGCCAUGCAGCCAACUUCAAUCUCCAACCGGGCUUCAUCCAACCAAACGGAACGAGGAGAUACCCAGCGACAGCGCUCGUGUGUAACUUCUCCAAACCUACGGCAAAGAAGCCCAGUCUGCUCAAGCACGACGAAGUGACCACGCUAUUCCACGAACUCGGGCAUGGCAUUCAUGAUCUCGUAUCCCGCACAACCUACUCGCGAUUCCAUGGGACCAACACGGUUAGAGAUUUCGUCGAAGCACCGAGCCAAAUGCUGGAGAACUGGUGCUGGACACCGUCGCAGCUCAAAUCUCUGAGCAAGCACUAUUCGACCCUGUCGCCCGACUACUACGAGGCAUGGAAAGCAGCAGCUGGUGGCUCGAGCGCCAAAGAGCCCGAGGAGCGCAUCCCGGAUGACCUGAUCCAGAAACUGAUUAAGACGAAGAACCUCAACGGCGCCCUGUUCAACUUGCGCCAGCUGCACUUUGGUAUCUUCGACAUGACGAUACACGAGCCGAAAGAUCACGCCAGCCUCGAAGCGAUGAACAUCUCCGAGACGUACAACGGCCUGAGGAAGGAUAUCAGCAAGAUCGACGGGCCUGAGGUGUUUGGCGAAGGCAACGCAUGGGGCAACGGGCAAGCCACCUUUGGCCAUCUCAUGGGUGGUUAUGACGCUGGAUACUACGGCUACCUCUCCUCCCAAGUCUACUCGACCGACAUGUUCUACUCGGUCUUCAAGCAGAAUCCCAUGGAUCCCAAGGAGGGCCGCCGCUACCGCCACACCGUGCUCGAGAAGGGCGGCAGCCAGGACGAAAUGAAGACCCUGAUCGAGUUCCUCGGCAGGGAGCCCAAGACGGACGCCUUCUACGAAGAGCUCGGGCUUACCAAGGGCACGCAAUCGGGCGCGGGCACGACUUAG